CUCACAUUAGCGUAGCGAUGGGCGCCUCGGGCUUUGUCUCUAUUGUGUCGUCAUUUGCAGCUAUUGUCCUCCUCGUUGCUGCUCUUGGCUUUAUUCCCUGGAUCCACAUGACCUUGGUGUUUGGAGCCACCGAGUCGUCACGCUCGCACGUGGGGCUGCUCUCGGUCACUGUCCCACACAACGCCCUCUUUCCGUUCCAGGUCCAGGUGACGCUGAGAGACUACGUCGAGUUCUUCCAGUCAGCCCGCGACUCGCUCGAUACCAACCAGCCCUCGCUGCAGCCACUGGUGGACUACGGCGGCCUGGCUUUUGCGGGCCUGAUUGCAUCGGCGUUGUUUUCGGGCCUCGCCAUUGUUGGCGCCGUCUUUGUCCUCGUCGUCGGAAACCAGGCCGGGAAAGAUACCGUGUCCAAGGCCACCCGUGCGGGCGUGGUCGUCUCGCUUCUAGCCAUGCUCUUCUCGCUCGGCUCGGCGCUGGUGUGGAUGCUUGUCGCCGUCAACGACAUCUCGUACGAUUGGGCUGCUGGUCCGUGGCUCGUCAUCGGUGCCUCCAUCAUCCAGUUUGUCGCCUUUGUCGCCCUCUCCUCCGCCAUCCGCGGUGUUCGCACCGGGAACUACUCGCCGCUGCUCUCGCUGCAGUUUGGCUCGGCCUCACCAUCGCGGCGCUCCUCGGGUGCCCUCUCCGAGGACUACUACGCCCUCCGGUGAUCGAAAACACUCACCACCGGUUUACCACCCAUGCACACAUCAGAGUCCACCCAUCGAUCCACGACAGCCAGCCAACCACAUCAUGACGUCAUUCGCUCAUGCUGGCAGCGCUCGGUUGUGUUGCACGGCAUCGGACGCGGAAUCUUUGACGUGGAGUUUUCAGCCGAAGCGAGUGCAUCGCUUGUCUCGGGAC